AUGCUUAAUUCUAUCUUAAAUCCUGCUAGCACAGCUCUUCUAGUUCUCGGACUGGUCGGAUUUGUACAAGCCGAUAUUUAAAGAGGUCUCACCACUGAUUUUAGCAAUUGGCUGAAUCAAAAUGGCUACGGUACUUACAAAUUUGAAAGAACUGAUCUUGACGGAGGAGCCUAUGGAGGUAAAUCCAGCUCUGAUGAGAAGAUCACUCAUAAUCCUGUCAUUUUCUUCCAUGGAAAUUCAGACAUCGCUGUGGGAACCAGUUCCUGGACCUGGCAACAUGGAUUUACUUAAUCAAUCGAGUAUUUCUUGUCUCAGGGCUAUACUAAAGCUGAGUUGUACAUUACAACUUGGGGUCCCGGAAAUGAAUUGAUGAGUUCUUAGAAUUAUCACUCUCAGGAAUACUUGACAUUUCUUAGAAAAUUCACAGAAGCUGUUCUUGCCUACACUAAUGCAACAAAGAUCAAUAUAGUUGGUCACUCUAUGGGAGUCACUCUUGGUAGAAGAGUCAUUAAGGGUGGUGAUGUCAAAGCAACAUUUUUCCCUUACAACCUCGGGCCUUCCCUCGCUGAUAAAGUUGACACCUUUAUUGGUAUUGCCGGUGCCAAUCUUGGAUUAGUGAGUUGUCAAUAUGUUGGCUCUAUGUUACCCACCUGCAACUCAAUGAAUGGUUUCUACCCAGGUAGUGCUGCUAAUUCUGGAUUGAGCACAUUCUUACAGGAAUUAAACGAUGACAAGACCAAGGAGGGAGACCACGUAUUUGCCAUGUUCUCAACUCAAGAUGAUUUAAUUAUGUACGGAGAUCUUGUUUUCGGCCAGUUUACAAGUCUCUGGCCAACCGUAGACGACUCUCACAAAUUCGAGACUUCUCAGUACACUCACAUCAAUAUGAGAGACCUCACUAAGGAUUUACAGUAUUAACUAAUUACAUAACACAGUUUCUCAACUGCCGAGAAGCCUUCAGAAACCUUCUUGCAGUGA